GGGAGCCGCUGAGCUGAUGGUUGCAGCCGUCUGCAGAGAGAUAACUUCCCUCCUCCCCUCUAAUUAGGAGGCAGCCUGGCGGCUUCUGUGAGGCUCAUGCAGCCGGGGAGAGUGCCUGAGGACGGGGAGGCAGGGAGAGCGCACAGAGCCUGGAGUCCCAGUGCAGGGGCAGCGCAGCGGUGGCGCAUCUGUGCGCCUUGGCGAAGUGCAGAAGAGAGAUACUCAGCUUUAAAGUAAACAGGAGGAUUGGACUGUCCCAGGGACCAUCUGCAAUAUGCUGGGGACGUGAGCCCUGAUGCCUAGUGCAGAAAUGAUGUCCAGGUUGGGAGGAUGACGAGAUCCUAGCACGCAGCGGUUACACUGACAGGGGCCUGCAUUUCAGACAGAUUUGCUUAGCAGAGAGCACAUGUGGAGAGAGGAGAUGGCCAUCGCCAGAGAUCUGAUCCAGGUUGAUCCCGCCCACAGUGUGAAAAUGGUCCAUUGGCAAUUUCUUUGGUGAGCGGCUGAUUUGUGGCCACCGUAGCCAUGACUUCUAGCGGCGAUGAAGAGCUGGACAUUUCUGAUUGGCUACUUGGCAUCCACCUUGAAAGGUACCAGGACAGCUUUAAGCAGCACGGCUACCACAGAGUAAGAGACAUACUCUCAGUGGACAAUGAAGUCCUACAACAAAUUGGUGUUGGUGCCACUGGCCACAGAAAGAGAAUCAUGAGUCGGUUGCGACACAUCUCCGAUGAAACGAGAUCGCUCUCCGCUUUGGGUAGCAUGGAGAAAGUAGACUCUCUGGAAUAUUAUAACCGAGAUGAACAGGGCAGUGGACCGGGUCAUAAAAAUAACACAGAUGGAAAAUUAGGCGCUUCAGAACCCAUCGCCAAGCCGGUGCCAAAACCUAGAACAGUGUUUAAUAAAAUGACUGCAACAGCAAAUAAAGAGUUUGCACCAGCAGUGACGUCCACCACCAUAUCACCUGUUUGUUUAGACAACCAUUUGAUUGCCUCUAAAAAGUCUUGUAUGCAGGAAACUGCUGUUCCAAGAGGAAGCAGCUUCGAUUCAGACAACUGUAAUUCGUGUACGGGGCCGAAGCCAGGAGGGGUGGAGCUGGAGGCCGGGACUCCUAAGUAUACAUCCGCUGGGGCUGGGAAACCAUUUCAUCCCACUUCUUCUCUGCCUGUGCGUCAGAACAAAGAAUCUGCACAGCUUGGCUCGUCUUACCAGCAACAUAUGCUUCAGAUGGAAGCGGAUACCAAACAGAGCUCUGCAUUAUCGAUUUCACCUUCCUUUGCUGGAAUCAAAGAGGAAGUCACCUCCUUUUCAACCAGUCCGACUUCUCCACAGGAAACGCUAACAAUGAUAUCCAAUGAGAUCUAUUCCGGGUUUGGUCCCAGGAAUGGGUCUUUCGGCUGUGCCACAGACAUUGAAACCCCACAAGUACAUUUAAUCCCUCUUGACAUGAUUAGGCAAGAAACUGCAUCAACACCAGAAAGAAUAAACUGCUCAUCAUCUCCAGAGGUAGACUUACCUGUCGUUCCAGAAAGACCCACCUCUAGUUUAGUAACAGCUGAAGCAAUCAACCCAUACUGUGAAACUGUCUUCAACCGGAACCCUCCAACACAAGAAUCAAAGGAUGCCAAGAACACCAAAAUUAGAACCUGUGCCACAAUGCCCAUGUUUACUCCUGGCGAAGAUCGAAGUCAUCCCAGGAAUAUCGGUGAUGCGGCCAAGGAGAGGAAGGUUGAUGGCGAAGAAGGGAAAACACAGCGAAUCACACAGAUUAUAAACAAUGAGCAGGAGGGUUACUCCACUGUUGAUUUGCCUGCUAAUAACAAGAGGUUUAGCCUCCCCUCACACUUGUACAAAGAUGAAAUACUAGAGGACUUGACCAUCUCACCGUAUGCCAGUUUCACAUCCAUACAUGACAAAUCAAGGCCAGUGCAUAGUGGGUGGCUGGACAAGCUAUCUCCACAAGGGAACUAUGUUUUUCAGAGAAGAUAUGUAAGAUUUGAUGGCAAGAAUCUAAUGUAUUUCAGCAGUGACAAGGACAUCUAUUCCAAAGGUGUGAUCCCCCUGACCUCCAUUGAGAUGGCCCGCUCCACCAAGGAAAACAAGUUUGAAGUAGUCACAAAACACAGGAUUUUCGUCUUCCGAGCUGAAAGUGACGUGCAAAGGUGCGAAUGGUGCUCAACGAUACAGAACAGAGUGAAAGAGCAGCGUAUGUUUAACCCACGUGCACGCUCAAGUUGUGUCUUCACCGGCCAGAGGUCGGGCUACCUAGAGCUAAAAGGCUUCAAGUCAAAAAUCUUUGCAGUCCUCACCACAGACGAAUUGUGGGUUCAUAAGAAUGAACAGUAUUUCAGAAUGGGCAUCGGAAUGUUUGUGAUUGAAAUGCACGGCUCAACCAUCCGAGAUGCACGCAACAAGACGUUUGAGUUAAUCACGCCGCAUAAAACCUUCAGUUUCACUGCAGAAUCAGAGCGGGAGAAGAAGGAUUGGAUGGAAGCCCUGCUGGAAUGUAUAUCCGAGUCACUCUCAGACUAUGAAGUGGCUGAGAAGAUCUGGUCAAACAAAGCAAACAAGUCCUGCGCUGACUGUAAAGCCUUCAACCCUGACUGGGCCUCCAUUAACCUGUGUGUCAUCAUAUGCAAGCAGUGUGCAGGUCAGCACAGAAGCCUGGGAACAAACGUUUCCAAAGUGCAGAGUCUGAAGCUAGACACCAGCAUCUGGAGCAAUGAGAUUGUGCAGCUGUUUAUCAUCCUGGGCAAUGAUCGAGCAAACCGGUUCUGGGCUGCACGUGUGCCACCAUCAGAUGUACUCCAUCCUGAGGAUGGGAUAGAGCAAAGACGCGACUUCAUAGCACACAAGUACCGAGAUGGAAAGUACAGGGGAACACACCCGCAAUACAGCACACAGGAGGACAUUCUCAAGGUGCUCUGUGGUGCAGUUGCAGGACCAAACUUGCUGAAGACUGUAAUGCAGUUUUUCUCAGAUGCCGAAUCCAUUGGCGAUCCAUGUGACAGUCCUACACUCUCCAUACAGGCAGCUGACAGCUGGAGAGCGAGCACCUACAGCAUAAAUACAGAAGGCCUUCCCCCUGACGACUCGCACCAGUCUAGAGUGUACGAUGAGAUCAUGCAGCCCGUGGUGCAUUCUGGGUAUUUGAACAAGGCUACCGGCGUGAGCAAGACUUUCACAGCUAAGAAGAUGAAAGAUGAAUUCCACAAACACUGGUGUGUCCUGGAAAAGUCCCUCAUCUUCUACGAGAAUGACAAAAGCACAGAUCAAAUGGGAAAGAUCGAGCCGUCAGAAGUCGUUUGUAUGGGAAUAAAUAAGGUGGACAUCUUAAACAGCCCGGUCCCGGUGGAAAGGUUUCGCUUCACUUUUGAGAUUUUCCUAGCUUCGGACAAAGUGCACCAGUUUGGAACCGAUGCUCCUGAAACGCUCCAGACCUGGACCAGCGCGAUAGGGAAGUGGUUCACCCCGAUCAGUUGUCACUGCCUCUUGGGGUACGAAUUCCAGCGCGUGGGGAGGCUGCGCUACAAAGCCAUGCUGAAUCCGGAUCAGUGGAUGGAAGGCUUCUUCCUGCUACAGAAAUGUCACCUCUUCAUCUGCCCCGAGGAGCCAGGCGCAGCAGAGGACACAGUCAAUCUACGUAGUCUCCAAGAGCUCACUGUAUCGCCAAGUACAGAAAAUUCAGAAAAAAAAGAUAUAUUAAUACUCGUUGAGAAAGGACGGACACUGUACCUGCAAGGCUUUACACGUGCUGAUUUUUUGGCAUGGAGCACGGACAUUAAGGCAGCGGCCUGCAGCGGGGAAAACAUGUUACGAGACCAGCAGCUUAGUAGAAAUGACAUCCCUAUCAUCGUGGACAGUUGCAUUGCUUUCCUUACCCAAUACGGCCUUUGUCAUGAGGGAAUAUAUCGUAAAAAUGGCGCCAAGUCACGGAUAAAGCUGCUGAUGGACGAGUUCCGCAGGGAUGCACGGAACGUCAAACUCCGCAUCAAUGACAACUUCAUCGAAGAUGUGACGGAUGUGUUAAAGAGGUUUUUCCGGGAACUCGAUGAUCCAAUUUUCACCACAGAACUUCACCCACAGUGGAAAGAAGCUGCAGAACAUCCUGAAAGGUCAAAGAGAUUGGAGAAAUAUAUGGAACUGAUUAACCAUCUUCCGAAGGUCAACCGGGCUACACUGGCUGCACUGAUUGGUCAUCUCUACCGGGUCCAGAAAUGUGCAGCUCUAAACCAGAUGUGCACCAAGAAUCUGUCCCUUUUAUUCGCUCCCAGUCUAUUUCAGACGGAGGGGAAAGGGGAACAUGAGGUGAAGAUAAUGGAGGAUCUGAUAGACAACUAUGCCAGCGUUUUCUGUAUUGACGAAGAGCAUGUUACGCAGAUGGACUUGGAGAACAGCCUAAUAACCACCUGGAAAGAUGUCCAGUUAUCCCAAGCCGGAGAUCUGAUUAUUGAGGUUUACUUGGAAAAGAAGGAGCAAGACUGCUGUGUUACCUUAAAGGUCUCCCCAGUGAUGACAGCAGAAGAACUGACCAAUCAGGUUCUGGAUAUGCGGAAUAUAGUGGCCAGUAUGGACAUCUGGUUGACCUUUGAAGUCUUUGAGAAUGGUGAACUGGAGAGACCUUUACAUCCCAAGGAGAAGGUCCUAGAGCAAGCCCUGCAGUGGUGCAAGCUGGCGGAGCCCAGUUCUGCUUUCCUUCUUGUAAAGAAGAUCUCCUUUGGUGAAGGAAGCUGCCUCUUCACAGGUACUAAGAGAGAAACGCCAAAGUGUGGACUGCUGAAGUGCAGAGAGGAGACGGGAAAGCUGCUGGGCAAUAAGUUCCAGGAUAGAUAUUUUGUUAUACGGGACCACAAGCUUCUGCUUCUAAAGGAAAAAAAGAGCUCCAAGCCAGAAAGAGAGUGGCCUCUUGAAACUGCUAAAGUUUACAUGGGGAUUCGGAAGAAGAUAAAGCCUCCAACCCUGUGGGGCUUCACUAUUUACUUGGAUAAACAGCAGCUGUACCUAUGCUGCACAGCGCAGACAGAGAUGUGGGACUGGAUUACAAGUAUCCUCAAGGCCCAGCAUGAUGAUCUCCGCCCGGUGAUUUUAAGGCGUCACUCCUCCUCUGAUGUGACCAAGCAAAAAUUUGGUACCAUGCCUUUAGUGCCAAUUCGUGGGGAUGACACCAAUUCCAUCAUGGUCUCUGCGAAUCAGACACUGCGUCGUCUCCACACACGAAGGACUCUGUCAAUGUUCUUUCCAAUGAAGAUGCACCAGGACUCCCUGGAGGAGCUCCAGGAAAAGCAGGAUGAUGAGCAUGAGCCUGUGUAUGAGGAGGUGGGGAAUUUUCAGAGGGUUCCACCUCCAGAGCCCGACUGUAUGCUGGCAACAGAACGACUUCAGCUGCCUCCUCCCUUGGACCGGACGAAAAAGCCAGUACUAAGCCAGAAACAAAUAAAGCCCCCAGAUUCUGAACCAACGAUGCCCCGGUCGCCAGAGAGACCAGAAAUGGAGAACUAUAAUAAGACUCAUUCUCUAGACAGAAAUCUUAGUGUCCCAAGUGACAUCAUUAGAACAACAAUGCCUGAUAGAGUAUCUGGAGCUAGCAUCAUAAAAUCCGCUUCUCUUGAAAAACAGAUGGAGCCAAACUGGACUCAGAGCAGUCAUGUGAGGAGCCAGGGGGGGAAAAGCACGCUGGACUUGAGCGCAUUGCCAUUGUUCUUUGAGCCGACAGCCCCCACAGAUCCCAAGAUUCCUGCAUGGAAGAAGACAUCUCCGCUUUCUAGUAAUAUGCAAGACAAACUUCUUCAGGAACUCAACACCAUGCUCAGUAAGAAAAAUGACCCUGGCUCAGGACCAGGACAGCAAGUGACGUGACUGAGUAACGUCACAUCCCUAUGAAUAUCUAGGACAACCGCGGACUGUAACAGCGCCCCGGUGUAUUUCUGUACAGUGCGGACUGAGAAAUGGCAAUGGCAGUCUGAGCUCUCCUGGUUACAGGGGACUGACCUUUAGCUUUGACUUGUGUUAUAUGUAAUCUAAAUAUAUUAUUUGUAUAAACAGUAAUUCAUGGUCAUCUAUGUCCUCUGAUCAGAAACAGGAUGCAGCGGAAAGUUAUACAACACACAUUCAUGUAUAGAGUCCUUGUUGUGCCCAAACUAUUUAAUUCCCAGAACUACUAAGUUAUAUUCUGUAUUCAGAAAAGGCUGCCAGGUGUAGUGUCAUGCCCCCGGCUGAUUUCCUGCAGCCCUGGCAGGGUUCCUGUCACCUGAUGUAAAAUGACACAGCGGCUGCAGAGUUUCCUGAAGGUUGCGACGACAAAUUCUAACCCUCAGCAUUAACUGGAGUCAGCAGUAUACUCUAUAGGAGAUUGCGCUUGGACGUAAGGGGGCUACAGCAAAUGCGCGUUUUGUAGACGGGUCUGGUGGGUUUUAGCAGGGGCAUGCUCCGUGGCUGGGCACACACAUUCACUGCCGGUACCAAGUGUAGAUGGGAUGGCUGGCUCCUGUGUGCUGAUUUGUGUGUAAACAGAGACCUGUCGGUUUCAUCUCUUGCAUCAAGGAUAUCACUGGUACCAGUGUGUGCUGAUAAUGAUAGCAGCUGUGGAAAGGGACAAGGCAGACCCAUAGGUGUGUACUACAGGCACACAUCUGCAGUGUGACAGUAAUUGUGGCCAACUCUGCCUGCAGCUCUGAAUCAGCCCGAUGUGCAGUGACUGCCCGAGGUGAGGUUGGCAGCUAAGAUGUAAGUGUAUAGUGUAUAUGCGGGUGUGAGCUAUGAGGGUUUUUUUUUGUUGUUAAUUAAAAACAUGUAAAUAUCA